UCAUAAUCAUAUUUUGAUUACAACACAAAGGGAAAGACCUGUUCUUGGAGUAGCGACGGUUCGAAUUGAAAUUUGAACGAGUUAAAAUGACAACAUUCCGAGGAGCAUUAAUUGUGUUAGAAGGCUGUGAUCGUUCCGGAAAGACUACACAGUGCAAAAAUUUAGUCGAACGGCUGUUGCAGUCGGGCAAGAAAGCGAAAUACAUGAACUUUCCGGACCGAAGUACCGAAUGUGGCAGUUUAAUCAACAAAUUUCUGACAAACAAACAAGAGUUUGGCGACGAGACGAUACAUUUGCUGUUCAGCCUGAAUCGAUGGGAGACUAAAACGCAAAUGGAAAAAUUGCUGUUGGACGGAGUCACAUUGGUGGUGGAUCGAUAUUCAUAUUCUGGAGUGGCGUACAGUGCAGCCAAGGGUCUCAGUUACGAAUGGUGUAAGGCGCCGGAGGCUGGUCUCUUGAAACCUGAUCUGGUUCUCUAUUUGACACUGACACCGGAAGCAACGGCAAAGCGAAGUGGCUUUGGCGACGAAAGAUACGAGAACACAGAAUUCCAGCGGAAGGUGCGGCAUUGUUUCGACAAACUUUAUGACAGUUCGUAUUGGCAAAAGGUGGACGCCGAUCGCAGUGAAAGCGAAUUGGGAGCAGUUUUGGAUCAGUAUGUCGAAGAGACGAUGCAUGCGGCUGGGAAUGAUCCAUUGAACAUUCUGUGGUGAUAAUAUCCAAUAAAGACGAUCGACCUUAACGGGUCAAAUGUUGGUAGAAAA